AUGGCGGGCGCGCUGUUCCCGCCGCCCGAGCUGGCGGCGGAGCUGGAGGUGGGCGCCGGGAGCAGCGCGGAGCAGCAGCAGCAGCAGCCGCAGCCGUGGGGGGCGGGCGCGGAGGGCUCGUACAGUGCGGACCUGCUGCCCAUGGUGUUCCUGUGCGCCGGCUGCAAGCGGCCCGUGGGCGACACGCUGAGCUGGGUGUCCAACGACGAGGAGGGCGGCUGCAUCCUGCUCCGCAGCGCGGCCGCCGGCGUCUCGGUGGACCACAAGAGGAAGCUCUCCAAGCUGCCCGACGAGUGCGGAUGCAUGGUAGAAACCUUGUUCUGCUCUGGCUGCUCGAGGACACUUGGAAGCAUCUACAGGUGCACCCCAAAGCAUCUCGACUACAAGAGGGGUUUGUUCUGUUUCAGCAUUGAUUCUAUUGAAAGCUAUAUUCUGGGAUCCUCAGAAAAGCAAGCUCUUACUGAUGAGGAGCCACUGACUCUUGAAAGUCGAGCUGUCUUGCAAGAGGUGCUGCAAAGG